AUGACAGAACAAGACUAUGUUCGUAUACUCAAAGGAACCUGGGUACGUGAGGCUACUGGAACAUGGGUGUUCGAUUCGGAGAACGAGCAAGAGAUAAAGUAUGUUAGACUCAAAUCCGGGCUUGAAUACGAGGAAAUGGUGGACCUCGUGAAGGAGAGACUUCGUAUCGAGUCGCGCUACGUCACAAUAAAACUGUCAUACCAAUACCCUUCGUGGAUGCUGAUAGACGACGGAGAUGGGUCAACUCCACAGUUCAUAUCAGACGACCACGAGGUAGAGGUCUUUGUGCAAAUGAGGCGCAAAAUAGAGGAGGUCAACCUCUUUGUUACAAUUGCUCAAGUCGUCGAUGGUGUAACGAAAGCACCACCGAAGCCACAUGCAAAAGAUGUGGAAGCGGAGGAUGAGUGGAUGGAGUUUGCUAUUUCCGAAACGCCUUUAACGCGUCCCACACUGACGAACGCUGUGGGAGGAAGUUUUAGAGCUGUUGUCCACGAGACUAUACCAUCGCGAGCAAAUGGAAUAGUAAUAAGGGAGAACCAGCCUACUAUCAGGCUUAGAAGCCCACCCCCGUGCGAAGGGAAUCGUGGAAAAGGAAAGGCGAUACUGAGGGAAGAUGACAGUGGAAGCCAGAUUGGCCAUCGUUUCGGCCGGAAUGGAGGUACGCCUUAUGCGCCAUUUGCUGAGGCUGGCGAACCAAGUAGGGGAGUUAAAAGGAGGUUGUUCUCCCCUGAAGGUAUUGAAGAUGACGUUGAUAUGGUUGCUGAACCCUCGGAAGCUACAUCUGUGCAAGCUCCAAUUCCUGUUACAGAAGCAGCACUCGUUGAGGCGGCUGAGCGAGCUGCAGGCCUAACCCAUUGGUCAAGUUUUCAAGAUGCACUCCACCAAAUCCUUGAUGAUGAAACGUCCCAAAAUGUGCUGUUUGAACGCGAUGCUCCCCCUGUCGUCGAGACUUGUGAGAAAGAUGGGAUAGAGGAUGCACUGGAGGCAGUGCCGUACGAAGGUGAUAAUCUAUUUGUGGGGCAGGUGUUCAAGUCCAAAAACGAUUGCAAGAUAAAAAUUGCAAUUCAUGCAAUCAAUCGGAAGUUUCAUUUCAAGACAAAGCGUUCGACACCAACCUUCAUGGUUCUUAUAUGCGUUGCAAUUGACUGUCCUUGGAGAGUAUACGCCGCACGUGUUGAUGGCACAGGAAAUUUCCAGAUCAGACAGGCCACACUAAAUCACUGUUGUACGCUGGAUGCACGCCGAAACUACCACAAGUUGGCCACAACUCAAGUCAUUGGGGAGAUCAUCCAAUCGAGAUUCAUUGCCAUUAAACGUGGUCCAACGCCGGCAACAAUUCGGAAGAUGCUUCUCGACGACUUCCAUGUCAAUGUAUCGUAUUGGAAAUCGUGGAGGGGGCGUGAGAUUGCAAUGGAAUUGGCAUUAGGCUCUAUGGCAGGCAGCUACGCACUAAUGCCCGCUUAUAUGGGACUCUUGCAAACAACAAAUCCCGGUUCCAUCUGCGAGCUGCACACUGAGAUGUUGACGGAUGGGCGCAUGGUGUUUAAGUUUGCGUUCAUAGCUUUGGAUGCAUCGGUCAAAGGGUACAGGUACAUGCGCAAAGUCAUAAUCAUUGAUGGAACAAGUUUGAAAGGACGCUAUGGUGGUUGUUUGCUGUCGGCCUCUGCGCAAGACGGCAAUUUUCAAAUCUUCCCUCUCGCAUAUGCCAUAGUCGACAGUGAGAACGAUGAGUCGUGGUCCUGGUUUUUAACGCAGCUGAAAAUUUUUGCUUCGGAUGAAGAUCACCUGGUCUUCGUAUCAGACAGACAUGGAAGCAUUUACAAUGCAAUUGAGAAGGUGUACCCAAGAGCUAAGCAUGCCUCUUGCACUGUCCAUCUGUGGAGAAACAUAAAGGCCAGAUUCAAAUCCAAGCGCCUGGCAUCCUUGAUGGGAGCAGCAGCAAGAGCUUACACGAUUGAAGAGUUCAAUAAGAAAUUCCUGGACAUUCAACGCGUAAGCCCACGAUGUGCUGGCUAUCUACUCGAAAUAGGGUUCGAACAUUGGACGAGGGCACAUUUCGCAGGACAGAGAUUCAAUAUUAUGGAUUCAAAUAUCGCAGAAUCGUGGAAUGCGGUUUUGACGGAAGCAAGGGAAUUCCCCCUUAUCUCCAUGUGCGAGUACAUUCGCACCAAAAUGAUGUGCUGGUUUGCAAUACGACGUGGAAAAGCGUUGGAACAUAAGGGGACCCUAACUCCAAGUGUCCGCCGAAUGGUGGAAGCAAACUACAACGCAUCGACGGGGUUUGCGGUCACAGGAAUCAGUGAAAUGGAAUUCCAAAUUCAGUCAACAACAGGCGAGUUUCAUAUGGUCAAUUUACAUGCUGGAACAUGCACCUGCACGUCUUUUCAGCAGCUUCGUAUUCCAUGCAAACAUGCUGUUGCAGCAGCAGGGAGAGCAGGGAUGGCAACUGAAGCAAUGGUUGCAGCCGCCUAUUUCGCUGAGACAUGGCACAGCGCAUAUGAAGCAAAAAUUUACCCAAUUCCUUCUGUUGGUCGGACCCAAAUAGGAGAGACAUACGCUGAAUCUCUACUUCCCCCCGCCGUUAAGCGUCCUCCAGGAAGACCCAGGAAGCAGCGUAUCCUUUCAGUCGGCGAAGAUAAGGUGUGA